AUCUCAUGCAACGGGUGUAACUGUCAGGAAAGUACCAGUUUUUAGCUCGAGCAGGCACUCUCUAGUCUCUAACAGUUGCAGUGAACCCCACCCGUCCUGAGAAACUCCAAAUGGCUACCCAAAAUUAUGGCCGUGACCGACGAAGACUCCAUCUUUCACCGCCUCUUCUGAGAUUUUUUCUCAAACAGUUUGUCGGCGAAACCUUUAAAAUCCCCCUUUUAGCCCCACAUUUUCCACCGUCCAAACCUUACGUUGUCUCCUCCUCUCUUUCGAAACGUGAACCAGUACACGUUGAUCCUUGUAUCGUACCUGAAUAAAUGAACCCAGAAAACGAAAAUUUCCCAAAAUCGCCUCAUCAACUUCCCCAUUCAUCUUAUCCAUCGGAGCCGGAGACGAACACCAAGUCGUCUUUGUUACAACCAUUGAUGGGUUCUCAACUGUUCCCACCUGGGUCGUUGAGUAUGGAGGAUAUUAACUACUGUGGGUCUCCUUUAUCUGCGUCAUUUCCUUUUGAAUUUGGAGCAUUUUCUGUCAUAGAACAAUCAGUUUAUUCUCUUUCAGAGAUGUAUGAAUUUGAAGCAAAUCCUAUAUCUGAAUCAGCUUCUAAUGGACCAUCUUAUGGAGGAGGUACAGUUGAUGACUCGGAGGAGAACAUUGGAGUGCCUCAGCCUCUUGCGAUGUUACAGGAAAAUCCAAUACCGCCAUUUCUCUCUAAAACUUAUGAUCUCGUGAAUGAUCAGUCGCUGGACCCGAUUAUCUCGUGGGGAAACACAGGGGAGAGCUUCGUGGUUUGGGACCCGGUGGAGUUCGCUAGAGUCAUACUGCCUCGGAAUUUCAAGCACAACAAUUUCUCCAGUUUUGUCCGGCAACUCAAUACUUAUGGAUUCCACAAGAUUGAUACUGAUAAGUGGGAAUUUGCCAACAAAGCUUUCCGUCGAGGUGAGAGGCAUCUGUUGAAGAAUAUACAGAGGCGCAAGUCACCCCAAUCCCAGCAGGUGGGUAGCUACUACACUGGACCUUCUACUGAAGCAAGAAAGUCAGAGCUGGAAAGUGAGGUAGAAAGAUUGAGGAAAGAGAGGAGAAUGAUGAUGCGAGAGGUUGUAGAACUACAGCAGCAGCUUCAUGGAUCUACUCAUCAUAUAGAAGCAGUGAAACAAAGGCUUCAGAAAGCAGAGCAGAGGCAGAAGCAGAUGAUUUCUUUCCUGGCAAAGUUGUUCCAGAAUCCAGCGUUCUUGGUCUUCCUUAGGCAAAAUAAGCAACAGCGAGGUAUUGGUUCAUCAAGGAUGAAGAGGAAGUUUGUCAAGCACAAGCAACAUGAGCCUGGUCAAUCUGAAUCACCUAUGGAAGGGCAGACUGGGAAGUACAGACCCAAGUGUAUAAACGUUUCAUCUUCCAUUGUAGUGCCAGCUGUAAACCCUGCACCUGUUGACCAAUCUCCUGGCUACAUCUUACAAGAGAUUGUAGAAAUGGGCCAAGAUGCUGAAGGCGUGGCUUUUCAAAUUGAGAAUGUUUUGCCUGAUGAGUUUGCCAUAUCAGAUGAACUAGCAAUGAUGCAAGGACUUUUCAAAAACCCGGAGAAGUUUCAAGAAGGCACAUUAAACAUGGGAAAUGAAGAUCCCCAAAUUAAAGGAGAGAAUGUUGCCUAUACAGAACAAGAAGUUGCUCCAGAAUAUUUCGCUCCUUUCCUCGAGGAUUUGGCAGUUCGGAAGAAUUUUCCAGAAUUCUCAUCUACUGGGAUUGACAGCAUUGUAAAACAAGAGGAUGUAUGGAGCAUGGAAUUUGAGAACCAAGCUGGUAUGUGUAGUUCUAGCCAAGAGUUAUGGAGUAAUCUGGCCAACUAUGAUGUGCCAAAGAUAGGACUAACUGGUGGUUUCUCAGAUAUCUGGGAUUUAGGUUUGGCACAGGUAGCAGGAAGUUCAGGUGCUCAUAAGUGGCCGGCAGAUGAAAACCCUGUUGAUGGACCUGAGAGUCAUGCUGGCCAGCCAAAAUAUGAUAAAUCAAAGAACAUAGAUCCAUAGGGCUUCAUUCGCAUCAACACAUGGUGGCUUUGUGGAUUAUCACUUAUAUAGGGUCUAUCAGUUGGACAUUGCGUGCAUAUUAUUCGUUCUAUAUAGGGUCUAUCAGUUGGACAUUACGUGCAUAUUAUUUGUUUGAAUACCAACUUCUAUUCUUUCUAGAUUUUCAAGUUUCAUUUUUUUCUUGGGAUCAAUGAGCUUUAUUUAUCAGCCAAUUUUAUGCCUCUAGUUUAUGCCAAUGGAUUGAAUUAUGUGAAUAGUUUUUCAGAUUUGCAGUUCUUGCUAAUAUAUGCUUUUUGAGUUAUAAACAUUGCAGGUGCAAUCAUUGGGAUGGAGCAUCAUACUCCUGUUGGGUUGGUGCUGUAUUCUAGAUGUCCUGGCAUGAAUGCUUCUGAUGUUAACAAAUUCUUGCCAUGAAGUAGUUUUUGGAGCAGAGCAAGUGUUUUGGCUGAAUUGGAGGUUUCUGAAUCUGUCGCUCAGCCAAAACUGAAGUGCCAAAUUUUGGGCUGCAGUUACUAAUGCAUUAGUCAGAUUUCAUAGGGGAUACCUUAAUUUCUAGGGAUCAUAUACCCUUUACUCUGUUUGAUCUUGGAGAAUGGAGGGCAUAGUUGAUAGGGGAGGAAGCUUAUUUGGCUGUACUAUUUCUUCUUACUUUCUCCCUUGAGGUAUUAUUUCUAUUAUGUAUUAAUGACUACAUCUCUAACAUAAUCAGCUCUUGCUCAGUAUUUCUGGUA